UUGCCCAUUAAGGCGGCUUACAUCUCCGUGGCGUUACAUCUAAUGGCUAGUCAGAAUUCCAAUUUAUCACAUCGUCGCACUACCAUGGUUGGCGACAGUGAGCAAAAAACUACGAGUUUCAAUGCUCAUAGUGCUGCUUUUCACACGGAAAACGACAAUUCCAUACCUUCGUUUGAUGAAGAAAUAUUUGAUGCUUGUCGCAAUGGGGAUUUGGCUCUCGUAAAAUGUCUACUGGAAAAUGGAGUUAAUGUUAACCUCAUAGAUACUUCAGGUCGAAAGUCGACACCGCUACACUUUGCUGCUGGAUACGGCCGUCGAGACGUUGUCAGUCUUCUCUUAGAUCACAAUGCAGAUGUUUCUGCUAGAGACGAAGGAGGUUUGAUUCCCUUGCAUAAUGCAUGCUCAUUCGGACACGUUGAUGUAGUGCACCUGUUACUAUCAGCAGGUUCUGACCCCAAUGCUGAAGAUUGCUGGAACUACACACCUCUACAUGAAGCUGCCAUAAAAGGAAAAGUGGAAGUUUGCAUUUUGUUGCUUCAGGCAAAAGCCAAUCCCCACGCUCGAAAUUUGGAUGGCAAAACCCCUGUUGAUUUGGCUGAGGGUUCGGCCCGUUUAGCUUUGGUUGGAGAGUAUAGGAAAGAUGAACUACUUGAAGCCGCUCGAAGUGGGAAUGAAGAAAAGCUCAUAAAUCUGUUGACUCCACAAAAUGUAAACUGUCAUGCUGGAGAUGGUCGUAAAUCUACACCAUUACAUUUAGCUGCUGGUUAUAACCGUACAAAAAUUGUGAAAAUUUUGUUAAAAAAUGGAGCUGAUGUUAUCGCUAAAGACAAAGGUGGUCUUAUUCCUUUGCACAAUGCUUGUUCCUAUGGUCAUUUGGACGUUUGUGAAUUGUUAAUUAGUGCUGGUUAUGGUUCUGCUCAAGUACAUGCCGCUGAUUUAUGGCAGUAUACACCAUUACAUGAAGCAGCCAGUAAAUCACGUGCAGAAGUGUGUUUUCUACUUUUGGCAUAUGGUGCGAAUCCAACCCAACCAAACUGCCAUGGAAAGUCUGCAUUAGAUUUGGUACCGAAUAAUGAUCUAAGACAGAGAUUGCUUUUUGAGUAUCGAGGAUAUGUUUUUCUUGAAGCUUGUCAAAAUGCAGACAUCCAUCAAAUUCGAAAAUUGCUGUCUUUACCCACUAACACCAUAUCAAGCAACGCCUAUCCAAUCGCCCCACCAUUAUCAGUCAAUUUUAGUGUUCCUUCUAAUACUUGUUCUUCAAUUCAUGACGGGAAGUGCAUGCAUCAGAAAAAUUGUAAUAUUUCUUCAGUGUCGUCCUCAAGUCAACACCAAGAAUCCAUUCUACCUAUGCCUGUUCAAAUUAAUCAGGAUCUCCUUCAUUUCCGACACCCAUUCGUCGGUAACACUGCUCUUCAUUCUGCCUGUUGUGCAACCAACUCAGGAGAGCAGACCGUGACGAAAACAUUUCACCUUGGUUCAGGUUCUUAUCCUGGAUUUCAUUCACCAGAAAAUAAACAACUUAUAUCUCAUACACAGUAUACUAAAGACUUGUCAGUCAACUCAGUUAAUCGUAAUGUUUCUCCAGUCUUGGGUAGACAGUUGAUUGAAUGGCUUAUCGAUCAAGGUAUUGCGGUCUCAGAUUGCAAUGUUGAGGGACAAACUCCUCUCCACUUAGCUGCUCGUUACGGAUAUCUUGAGGCAGCUGCUUGUUUGUUACGGCGUGGUGCUGAACCAAACGUUGCGGACUGGCAUGGUUUCACACCUUUACACCUGGCUGCUAAAUAUGGACAUUCUCAUAUCAUACAGCUCUUAGUUCAAGGAUUUGGCGCAGACUUAAAUUGUACUACUAUACCAGGAGGCCAUACUGCUGCCUCUUUGGCUUCUACUGAGUGUGUCAGACGUCUUAUUGCAGAAUUAAGUCUUAGUCCAGUGAAUAACACUCUGAGUUCUUCACAAAAAUUACCCACUGAAAAACAUGUCACUGAUUCAUCAGCCCACAUGCCUUCAGCGCCAGAUGCAGAGAAAACCCAAAGUACGGUUGUUUGUAGUCAGCAAGUUAUUCCAUUUUUAGUUUGUUCUGGAUCUCAUUCACAGGACAAUUCAAACAUGUUUUAUGACCCCAAAUACUCUCAGAAACCUACUCCUAACAAUCCUUCGUCUACUAAUCGUAGCACCACUACUACUCUUCCGAUUUCAAGUACUGAUUAUGUCUCCCCAUCUGGAAGUCACAGCUGGGCGGAUAUAGUACUACAGUUGUUAGAAGCAGCUAAAUCCGGUGAUGUAGAAAUGGUUCGUCGUCUUAUUACAACACAUCAUUAUUCUGUUUGUCCGGAUGGUGCUGCAAAUGAAUUGUGUACUGAAUCAUCGGAGUCGUGUACUGUUACUGCCCCACUGGAUUUAAUCAAUUGUCGUGAUAUCGAUGGUCGACACUCAACACCUCUCCACUUCGCCGCUGGAUAUAAUAGAUUAGCUAUCGUAGAAUUACUGUUACAGUACAAAGCCGAUGUUCAUGCUAAAGAUAAAGGUGGUUUAGUACCGCUGCAUAAUGCUUGUUCUUAUGGUCACGCUAAGGUUGCUGAACUCCUUAUUCAACAUGGAGCCAAUGUUAAUGUUACUGACUUGUGGCGUUUCACCCCUCUACACGAGGCUGCGGCUAAGGGCAAGUUCGAGAUUUGUCGAUUAUUGCUCAAACAUGGUGCCGAUCCGUUGAAAAAGAAUCGCGAUGGUCAUACUCCCAUAGAUCUGGUUAAAGAUACAGACAGUGAUGUUUAUGAUCUAUUACGCGGAGAUAUUGCCGUUUUAGAAGCAGCUAAGAAAGGGAAUUUAACUAAAAUAAAACGAUUAGUAACUUCAGAAAAUAUUAAUUGUCGUGAUACUCAAGGAAGAAAUUCAACACCGCUUCAUUUGGCUGCAGGCUAUAAUAAUAUUGAAACACUAGAAUUCUUACUGGAAUCAGGAGCCGAUGUAAACGCCAAAGACAAAGGUGGUCUAAUCCCAUUACAUAAUGCCAGUUCAUAUGGUCAUGUUGAUGUAGCUGCACUUCUUAUUCGCUAUGGAACUUCAGUAAAUGCUGUAGACAAAUGGGGUUAUACACCGUUGCAUGAAGCUGCUCAAAAAGGACGAACUCAGUUAUGUGCUCUUCUGCUAGCUCAUGGAGCAGACCCAAAAAUAAGAAAUCAAGAAAAUCAAACACCUUUCGAACUAGCGACAGCUGAUGACGUUAAAUCUUUGCUAUUGGAUGUAAUGCUUCAUACGACUGCAUGUAUUACAACAGUCUCAAAGGAAAAUGUUCUUUCAUCGUCGUUCAAUUCUACUACCUUACCUACAUCUAACUUGGACACAUCCUCACCUCAGCAAACAUCUUUUAGUAACCUGUUACCAUCUAUGUCCAUCGGUCCACGAAUUGAGUGUCAAGGUCGCGAGUCUAAUUUACCGGGACCAAUUGUCCCAUCUGCAAAUAUUUCGAACCCAGUCUGUUCAUCAAAUAUGACUUUGGUUAAGUUGAAUAACUCAAGCUGUCCAGGUAAUGGUAAACUAACGACAGCGAAUUUUCUUAUGUCCCUCGGUUUGGGUCAGUUGAUCGAACUAUUCGAAAAGGAAUUAGUAACAAUGGAUAUACUUUUAGAAAUGGGUCACGAAGAGCUGAAAGAACUUGGUGUAACUGUUUAUGGACAUCGUCAUAAAAUUAUCAAAGGCGUACAGAAAUGGCGCUCUAAUUGUACAACACAACAGUCCCCAUUAGAUCCCAGUAAUGAUACUCGCAAAUCAUCAAGCACCUUAUACCCUUCCCCUAGUCUACAUUCUACAAGUCCAAUAACAACUCAUUUUCAUGGCGUUGGUGUAGCUGAAGCCACUCCAACUGGUCCUGCCUAUUUUCCUGCAGCAGCGGCCAAAAACACUGUGAUGAUAGAAAUCGAUUGUACAGAUUCAGAAUUCUUAGCUGUUGAGGAACAGAUUCAGAGCACAAUAAGAGAACAUAAAGAUAACUGUGGUGGGAUUUACAAACGAUAUCGUAUACUAAAAGUUGCAAGAAUUAGAAAUAAACGUCUAUGGGAUCGUUAUCUACACCGGUGUGCUGAAAUCGCUGAAGAUAAUUCUGGGCAUUAUAACGAAAGACUUCUAUUUCAUGGAUCCCCGUUUUUACAGUCUAUCGUUAUGAAGGGGUUUGAUGAACGCUAUGCAUAUAUUGGUGGAAUGUUUGGAGCUGGUAUAUAUUUCGCAGAGAACUCAUCUAAAUCGAAUCAGUAUGUAUAUGGAAUUGGUGGAGGAGCCGGUUGCCCAGCUCAUAAAUCUCGUUCAUGUUACAUUUGUCCACGUCAGUUGUUAUUAUGUCGCGUUGCUUUAGGACGGUCAUUCAUUCAGUUCAAUGCCAUGAAAGUAGCUCAUGCACCCCCGGGCCACCAUUCAAUUGUUGGUCGACCAAGCGCAGGUGGACUCAAUUUCUCUGAGUAUGUCAUAUACAGAGGUGAACAAGCCUAUCCUGAAUAUCUCAUCACUUAUUUGUUAGUCCCACCUGAUCCAAAUGAUAAUGAAAAUAUGACUGAUCAAAAUCUACCAAAUCCUCUUACUCAUAAUACAAAUAUUGGACUUCUACCACCCACUAGUAACAGUGGUAUCACUAGUAUAUCAUCUAAUGUUGGUGUGGCUGUAAACUCAGUACCCUGUUACACUGUGCCUUCAAACCAAAAAAAUAUUGUAACGAGUUCCUGUGAUUCAUCUUGUGUACAAACGCCUGUUCAGUCUCUGAAACUGCCUGUUGCAAAUACUGCUACUUCUGGUUCUCUGGUUACAAGUGUAGCGCCAGCUGAUAGACAGUUGUCAGAUCCUCUUUCUUCUAUUGCAUCUACAACCCUAAUCUCCUCUGCUCCAGGAGGUCCAAGUUGCCAUUCAAUCCCCUAA